GGGAGCCUGCGGACAGGCGCGGCGGGCGCGGGUGCGAGCGGGGAGGGCGGGGCGUGCGCGCCCCCGCCCCGGCUUUCCCGGGGUGCGGGAGCGGCGCGGCGCGGCGGGGGAAACGGAGUCAGCGGCGGCGCGCGGGGCCUUUGUCUGCGCGCGGCGCGGGGAUGGCGGCGGCGCGGGGCCCGGGCUAGCUGCGGGGCCGGCGCGGAUGGCGGGCGGCGCGGGCUGGGCGGGCGCCCCCGCGGCUCUGCUGCGCUCCGUGCGCCGCCUGCGCCAGGUGUUCGAGGUGUGCGGCCGCGACCCCGACGGCUUCCUGCGCGUGGAGCGCGUCGCGGCGCUCGGGCUGCGCUUCGGCCAGGGCGAGGAGGUAGAAAAACUGGUGAAAUAUCUGGACCCCAACGACCUGGGGAGAAUCAACUUCAAGGACUUUUGCAGAGGGGUGUUCGCCAUGAAAGGCUGUGAGGAGCUGCUGAAGGACGUGCUGUCCGUGGAGAGCGCGGGGCCACUGUCCUGCAUGCCAGAGAUCCCCGACUGUGGAGAGCAGGGAAGCGAGGGAGCUGACCCCGCCUUUGCUGAUGGCGAGCUCAUCCCCAGGGAACCCGGCAUCUUCCCUGAGGACGCAGAGGAGGCGAUGACACUGGCGCCCCCCGAGGGCCCCCUGGAGUCUGACCUGGACAGUCCCAUGGAGAGCACCCAGAGCCUGGAGGGGCCUGUCGGGAGUCCCCCGGAGGAGAAGGACGGGGGGCUCCAGGGCCUGUUUCUGCCGGAGGACAAGUCGCUGGUGCACACGCCGUCCGUGACGCCCUCAGACCUGUCCACGCACUCCACUGCCUCGCUUCUCAGCAGCGAGGAGCAGUUUGAAGACUAUGGGGAGGGGGACGAUGUGGACUGUGCCCCCAGCAGCCCCUGCCCCGACGACGAGACCAGGACCAACGUCUACUCGGACCUGGGCUCUUCCGUGUCUUCCAGUGCGGGGCAGACCCCCAGGAAGACGCGGCACGUGUACAACAGUGAGCUGCUGGACGUGUACUGCUCCCAGUGCUGCAAGAAGAUCAGCCUGCUCAAUGACCUGGAGGCCCGGCUGAAGAACCUGAAGGCCAACAGCCCCAACCGGAAGAUCUCCAGCACGGCGUUCGGACGGCAGCUCAUGCACAGCAGCAACUUCAGCAGCAGCAACGGCAGCACCGAAGACCUGUUCCGGGACAGCAUCGAUUCUUGCGACAACGACAUCACCGAGAAGGUGAGCUUCCUGGAGAAAAAGGUGACAGAGCUGGAGAAUGACAGCCUCACCAACGGGGACCUGAAGAGCAAGCUGAGGCAGGAGAACACGCAGCUGGUGCACAGGGUGCACGAGCUGGAGGAGCUGGUGAAGGAUCAGGAGACGACAGCGGAGCAGGCCCUGGAGGAGGAGGCCCGGCGGCACCGCGAGGCCUACAGCAAGCUGGAGCGGGAGAAGAACACGGAGAUCGAGUUGCUCACUGCCAGGGUGCAGCAGUUGGAGGAAGAAAACUCAGACCUGACCACCACCGUGGCCCGGCUCAGGUCACAGACAGAGAAGCUGGAUGAGGAGCGGCAGCGCAUGUCUGACAGGCUGGAGGACACCAGCCUGCGGCUCAAGGACGAGAUGGACCUGUACAAGCGCAUGAUGGACAAAUUGCGGCAGAACCGCCUCGAGUUCCAGAAGGAGCGGGAAGCCACGCAGGAGCUCAUUGAGGACUUGCGGAAGGAGCUGGAGCACCUGCAGAUGUACAAGCUGGACUGCGAGCGGCCGGGCCGGGGCCGCAGUUCAUCCUCUGGCCUGGGCGAGUUCAAUGCCAGGGCCCGCGAGGUGGAGCUGGAACACGAGAUCAAACGGCUCAAGCAGGAGAACCAUAAGCUGCGGGAUCAGAAUGACGACUUGAAUGGACAGAUCUUGAGCCUCAGCCUCUACGAAGCGAAGAACCUCUUUGCCACCCAGACCAAAGCGCAGUCUCUGGCAGCGGAGAUAGACACGGCCUCCCGUGAUGAGCUCAUGGACGCUCUAAAGGAGCAGGAGGAGAUCAACUUCCGGCUGAGACAGUACAUGGACAAGAUUAUCCUGGCCAUCCUGGACCACAACCCGUCCAUCCUCGAGAUCAAGCACUGAGAGAGAGCGGGGUGCUGGCUGAGAGAGGCCUCACGAUCCCCGGGGCCUGGGCACGCCUGCCCAAGGGUGCGGCCCCGCGGGCCUCGUGCACACCAUCAGUGUAUCUCUGGCCAUCGGGGGACGUGUGCGCGCGUGUGCGGGAGGCUGUGUGCAGCAUCCAGCAGGGGAGCAGGCGUGGCGGGGCGUCUGCACCAUCCCUUCACCCUCCGUGCACUUUGUCGUCUCGCUGCAGGAGCGUCCGCCGUAGGGAGUUCCUGUCAUGAGGUCUGGAAGCUCGUGUUUGCAAAACUGGAUGAAAUGAUUCUACCUCUGGGGAAAAGGAUUAAAACUACUCUAACAAGAUACAUUUUCACCUGUCCCUUCCCCCCGGGAGUGGGAACAGAAUGAUCCUCUUUUUCCUGGACUUGAAUGCCCAACAGCCAUGUCCUUGCCAACUUCUUUGGCGACUUUCCCACCCAGGUGCUCGAGCCCAGUGUGGAGGGCGGGGGUGCCAGGCUUCAAGAGCCUUGGCUGCAGCCCUCCUGGGGGCUGGUGCAUGGUGUGUCCCAGGGUCCUAGGCUGGUGGCGGGAGACUAAGGGUUAGUGGCAUUUUAAGAGAGUUCUCUGCAGUUAUUUGACCCUAAUCACCUCCCUCCUCUUCGCACUUGCUGUUUUUACGAGAAUAGGAAGGGGGUGCCGGAGCUGCAGUACAGUGUGGGUAGGGAGCUUGCCUUGCACAUGUUUCCACCUGGCUUUGAUCCCCAGCACUGCAUAUGGUCUCCAGGGAGUGAUCCCUGGGCACUGCCAGCUGUGGGCCAUAAACAACAACAGGUCAAGGGAAGGGGUAGCGAGGGCAGUGGGGUUUCCGCACGCUGGGCAGCUAGCACAGACAUGAUUGGGGAAGCGCACACUUGUGUCUCAUGAGUGUCCUUCCCCCGACUGCAGACUGCCGGAGGUGUCUGUGGCACUGCCCAAACCCAGCCGGGGAACAUGGGCGCUGGGUUUGCACUCUCCUAAUCAGAGCCCUGGGCUCAGCUCUGCUUUGAAGCCAGUGCCUGGGCCCAGGGUUUCGAAAUGUCUGCAUACUCAGCCAGGGGGCGCCAUGCUGUGUGUGUACUUGGGGGGACCCUCAGUCUUCCAUCCUCGUGACCUGUGGGCAUCCACACUGCUAGUUUUAACAUGCUUUUGUGCCCGGCUGCUGGGAGUCAGUAGACAUUGGCCUUUCUUCUUGUUUUCCUAUUUGUCGCACUUUCACGUGGCUCGGCAUCGCUUCCGUAGGUGGCACAUGUGAGAGCACAGGGGGCUUACUGGUUUUUCCCUUCAGCAGGUUGGUUCCUUCAACUCCUGGCAUGGAAAGGAAAUUGAGGUGUUGGGAAGAGACACGGAGCAUGUGUGCAGAGAAGGGGCGGAGCAGAGGUCUGGGGCAUGGGUUUUGUAAGCAGUUGGGGUUGCAUUGGUCUGAUGCGGGACUUUGGGGCUACCACCCCCACCCCCCAGGAGAAAAGGCUGGCACACCAGAUGACAGUGGUAUUCCUGGGGGGUCCCUAAGGGGCUGAAAGAAGUGGUAGAGGAAAGAGGGCAAGAAAAAUGGUUGUCGCGAGAAUUCCCUGAGAGGGGGGAGGAAGAGAGGACUUCCAGCGUGGCUUUGGUCGAAGUGCGGUUGGAAGGCAGCCAGCCUGCAGAGGGAAACUGGCCAGGCCAGGGCCCUGGUGAGGAGCACUUACAUGCACCCUUGGAACUCCAGAGAAGGCCACAGAAGCUGAAGCGGCACCAGGCUGUGUAGGAGGAGAUGGGAGAUAGGAAAGCUGGCAGCUGGCUCGGCUCCUGUGCUCCCUGGACAGGACGGGUGUUGUGGGCAGUGCGGGCCUCUGGCGGAAGGCCACCUUUCAGCCGGAGUAGCCACCCACCCUGCGGAAGUGGCUUUUAAAGAUGAAGUAUCCUUCAAAUGCUCUGCUGUGUCUGAAAUCCAGCUUGUGAGGGCCAGGAGCCGGACUUUGCUUGAGGCUCAAGUGAGAACGCUGCUCUUGGCCUCCGUCGGGGCUGUUGGGUCGGGUACAGGAUGUCCUUUGAGUCGAAACUGUAGGGGAACAGAAAGAUGUUCUGUGCAGAACCCUCUGGGCAGAUUGAAAUUGGAAGAUAGAUACAUCUGCGCUGACCCCUCUGGUAUGGGGACCCCACCCCAGCCGUCAGGAGAGUUUAAAGGCGCAGGAGGUCAAACUGGGGUCCUGUCUCUGCCCAAGGGCAACAGACUUGUCUGCAGUGUGGAGCGCUUUUCCAGCUGAGGCACAUCCCGGGGGGACUUGGGGCCACGUUUGCUGACCUAAGUGUUACGGUUUGUUUCAAGCCCAAAGCAGAAUGCUUUAUUUAGGAACUGGAGUUCAGAAGGUACCCUACAAAGUUAAAGGAAGGAAUCCCACACCCAGAGCUAAAACACAGCCAGUUGCCAAGCAGCGAGUGUGCCGGAAACCAAGGGGGAGCCGCUCCUGCCGAAGCUCAGCCGGUCCCGGGGAAGAGGGAAGAAAUAACGUUUUUAAAUUUCCGUUAGGGUUGGGCUAAGUUUUGUGGAUUCUUUUUUGAGGAUUUUCUUGACUUCAUUUCUGGUCUUCUGAAAAUACUGAGCUCAAGAACCUCCCAGAGCACCUGGAGCUGCAUGGCGGUUCUCAGCUCGGACUGUGCGUUGGAAUCCUGAGGAGAUUCCAGUUGUGUUGACGAGCGAAUCCCCCAGACUCGUAAUUUAGCUGGAGCGGGUGUCUAGAUGCCUCAGGAUGCCUCGAGAGCUUCCCAAAUGCAGCCUCAGAAACAGCGGCUCCUCCGAGCCCUGCUGAGUAGGAGAAGCUUGUGGGUUUGCCUGGUUGGGGCUGGGGGGCGGGGGCGGGGCGGGGCUGGGGUUGCCUCAGCUGCUCCCGGGGGAACCCUGGUUUCCGUCAAGCCAGUCAUGCCAAUGAGGAUGAAUAAGAAGCAAAGCCUCCCGGGCUCAGUGGGGUGUGGGGACCUGGGGGCGCCUGGGGCUGCUAUUGUGCCCGAGUGUAGGGAUUUACUUGGGUCGGCCUUUGUAAACCCAACAUGGACGUUGGGUGGGACUGGCGCAGGAAGGGUUCAGGUGGUUUCCUGACCGACGGGCAGUGAACUUGCAAAGAGGAGCUUCUGCAAACCUUCAGUGCUGACAUCCCUCAUUGUCGUCCUCCGUGGGGACCCUCCAGAGCAGCCCCCUCUAGGGCCACGCUUGCUGUUGGUAUGAUGUCUUCUCCGAGGCCUAGGGUCACAGGCCCUGCGUCCCUUCCCUGCACUGACCUCCGGGGCCUUGGCCCCGCGUCCUGCUCUGAGCGUGUGAGGCUGAGUGGAUGGGCCGGGAGAGGGCCAGCCUGGGGAGUGGGAAACCGAUGCUUUCUCAAAAGGGUGACUUCUCAAAGCCUGGUGGGUGCCGAGCUCAGAUGCUGGUGCUCCAGCCUUGUAGGCGGCACCUCAUUGGGAGGUGACGGGAAACGGCAGCCCAGGGCCCCUGCUGUAGGAGGGGGGACGCCUGGGCCUCGUGCUGGGACUCUCUGCUUUGCUCUUCUGUCUGCAUGGUUUGGGGUCGUCCUUGUGCCUUUUUCCUCCCUGUCACCCCUGUACAGGACAUUUCCAUGUUAUUACUGCCCCCUUUCGUAGGUCCUGCCCUGAGCCCUGUAAAUGUGUACAGACUGUCCCGCUCAGGCCGGGCGUCUGCGGGAUCAGGCUUUGCUUCCCCACGCUCCCUCCGCCUGCAGCAGACGUGUCGCCUGUUCAGAAUCAGACAAUCCCCUGUGCUCCAGAGGAGGGGAACUGCGGGAAGCACCUGGUCCUGCAAGUCUCCCGUGGGGUGUCAAUGUGAAGAAACGGGGCAACCCCUUAAGCUGGGGCGAUGGCCUGGCAGAGGUGCCUGGUGUCUGCCUCAGGGCCGGCGCCCCCAGAGGAUGCUCUUCCAGCCCCAAGAAGCGGCGUGGGGGUUCAUGGCCCCCUGGCAUGCCGCUGGGUGCCUAAGCAGAUGGGUUUAAGGGCCCAAGUGGGCAGGAGGGAGAAACUGACUGCUUCCCACCUGCCACUGGCCACCAAGCAGCGUGUCCCUGUGCCGCCUGCGGUGCUCAUCCUUGACUCCAACGGUGCCAUUGACUUCCCGAGGGAUGUGUACUGCACGGCGUGCACUUGCUGGGACCACCUUCCUCCCUCCCGCCCGCCAGCUCCUUGCUUGUGGCUGGGCCUCAGGGGCGCAGGCAGAAGAAGCGAUGCUGGUGGCCUGGUGCCCAGGGUUCGGUUCUGUGCUUUGCCUCUCUGUAUGGUUCUGCUGGUGGUCUGCCCCCCAGAGCCCCCGUCUGGAGGCAGGCCUAGGUUUGCGACCAGGGAAGUCCUGCACCUCCGGGUGGGGAGUGUGUGUGCUGAGGCCUCACGGCCGUGUCUGGGGUGCCCAGAUCUUUGCCUCAUGCCUGCUUUCAUCCAGAAAGAGGCAGCUUUCAGCAGUGUAAAUAAACCCUCUGCUUUCCCACCUGA